UUUUUAGGAGCUUGGAAGACUAUAUGUUUCCCAUCUAUGGCUCCGAUGCAAUUUGGGAAUUGCCAUCUUCCCCAAAAGCCCUCUGCAAUCUCUCUCCAUGCAGCCUCUGUUGGUCUCGGCAUUUGUGUCUCCAUCAUCUUGAUGACAAUUGGCCUACAUGUCAUAUAGACAGAGUCUGCCACAGUUUUGCGUCCUAGCCUGUAGGCAAAAGCCGGACUCCUAAAGGACUCUCCGGUGGCAAGGAAUCUGUAGGAAAAGAGAUAAUUUGUUAACUGGUGUGCAACAUACAUGAGUUAUUGUUACUUAAAAAAAAAUUAUGUUAUUCAAUUAUCUGGCAAUUUAUGUCAACAGUUGUGAAGUGCCAAGGUCGCUGGAACCUAAGGGACCAAUUUUCAAAAAAAAAAGUUCAACCACGGAGUGGAUCGGCAGCAGGACCCCAAAAGGAGUGGAAAUACUCCCAAGCCCUUUCUUUCCUCGUUCCCCACCUUCAACCCAGGAGCUCUAGAUGCAGCCUAGACCAGGUUGAUGUUGAAGAUUGGGAGGCAUUGGACCUGAGCCAUGGAGAGGAUGUGCGGGAUGAAAAUGACCAACAGUCAGCAGAUCAACAUUUUCAACCUGGUUCUUCAACCAGCAGGCCCUACAACAGACCUGCCGCGCGCAAGAGGGCCUCAGCACCUGCAGUGUCAUUGGAGGAUAGGCUGCUGGCUAUGGUCCAGGAGCCUCCACAACCGAUGUUUCAUCGUGUGGCACAGGAAGAGGAUGAGAUGUUGCAUUUUGCCCUCAGUCUGGUGGCAUUGUUGAAUAAAUUAAGUGGCUGGGGUAAAUUAAAGGCAAAAAUUGCCCUGUUAGAAGGUCUCCAGGGUGUCCAUGACCUGGAUCAAGGGCACCGGCAGGCGCAGAUGCAGGGCCCUGGUCUAAUGACAUGGGAUCAGACAUCCCAGCAAUCCCACCAGAGCCACCCAAGUCAAGGAUUGUAUGCACCACCCUCGCAUGCACAGACACAGAUGAGCCCAUGCAGUUUGUCUGAAAUUGAUGGAGUAAGUAAAGGCGGUGCAAUACCCCCCUGGGCCUUGAGCCUCCAAAUAGAAGCCCAUUGA